CAAAAUGGAACUUUUACUGGUGCUAGCUUUGCUUCUUAUUAAAUUUAACUUUGCUAAAACAGCAACUUUAGCUAACUCUCUAAAUAAUGAAGAACCAAGAAUAAUUGGAGGUCACGAAUCCAAGCCUUACAGUCAUCCCUACUUGGUGUCUCUUCAAACCCGGUUCCUGUUUCUCCGAUUUCACGUUUGCGGAGGGAGCAUACUGAAUGAGAGAUGGGUAUUGACAGCUGCUCAUUGUACCAAAGAGUCCUGGUUGAUAAGAUGGCUGCCAAUGGACGCAGUUGCUGGAGAUCAUAACGUUCAUAACAUUGGACCUGGAGCUCAAAUCAACCCUGUUGAUAUUCGUAUCGAGCAUCCGUUGUAUCAAGGAGGUAUCGGUCCACACGAUAUUGCUGUUCUACGAGUGAAAGAUAUAUUUAAAUUCAACGAUCAGGUGCAGCCAAUACAUCUACCAUAUAACAAUAAAUUAGGUUACGACGACUCUUUGAUAUUGGCUGGUUGGGGUGUCUUGAAGACUACAUUUUUCAUACCAGAUCUUCCAAAUGGACUGCAAGAAGUUAAGGUUAAUUAUAUUCCUUAUGAUGAAUGCCGUAAAGCUGUUGACAAAAUAAAAGAUCCCUACGAAUAUAACCCUCUAAAUAAGGAUGCUAAUAUCUGUACUGGACCUAUUAACGGAGGUGCUGCAGCUUGUAGUGGAGAUUCAGGUGGGCCUCUUAUACAAAUGGUCCCCAAAAAUAAAAUGGACCAUCGGAUAGAAGGAACUGAUGUGUUAUAUGAUGAAGUACAGGAUGAAAAUAAAAUUGAUGAUAAUAAUCCUGUUCAAGACUCUACUGUUGACGACGACGACGAAGAAAAAAUUCCUGUCAUACGCGGUGUUGUGUCUUGGGGUAUGUCACCUUGUGGGGAAAGAGGAGCUCCAACAGUCUACACAAAAAUAUCUCAGUACAUUGACUUUAUCAGAGCGCAUACCAAGUUUUAAGAAAUAAAAAAGUUUUGAUGAUUUUUUUUAUGAAAUAAAUUAAAUCACAAUAGA